CAAUUGUGCAAUACACCGUUUUACAUCGAAAACAUUGAUAAAACUGGAAAAAAGAAGAAUUUUAAGCAUUGGGAAUUAGUCGACUAAUGCCGCGUUUGAGAAUCCACAUCCGAUGCAUCUGAGAUGUAAAAAAUCUUUGAUCACGUGAUUCAGUAUACGUAAACGUAAUGGGAUAGAUGUGUCCGAUGUGGAUAAAGAAACGCUCGAGAUGUAAAAAAUGCAUCCGAUGUGGAUUCUCAAACGCAGCAUAUGGUUAUACAAUCGAACGUAAAAGUGUACAAUUUUGACAGUAAAAGUUGUACAAUUCAAAAAUCCCUAGGAACAACACCAACACUGGUUGUCAAUGAUAACAAGAUGAGAGGUUAACCAAAAUAUAAAUAUUUUUAAUUUAUCUCUGAUAAAAAAUGCAAAGUGAAAAAAAAUUACGUUUUAGGCAAGCAUCAAAAGUAUUGUUCCAUUCCGAAAGUAAAGUAGAAGAUUUAGGCAAAUAUGAAAAAGCCGAAAAGGACAAAGAUUACAAUACCAAAAAAAAAAUGCCAAGCCUCUGGAACUUCCUAAAUGUCGAAUUAACUCGUGGUUAUGAGCUAGACAAUUCAGAGGAUAGAUUCUCUAUUAGGCGGGAAAAAAUAUAUUCCUUCAUGAAAAUUCCAAAAGAAGUGGAACGUUUUAUGUUAUAUGGGUUUAUGCAAUGUGCUGAUGCUUUUUUAUUUGUUUAUACUUUUUUACCUAUGAGAGUAUUGUUAGCUUUAUGGGCUUUAGUUACCAGGCCUUUUUGUAAAUGCUUUGGGUUUGGUGAUAGGCCACCUAAAUGUAUAUUAACUCCUGCCGAAAUCUGUGAUCUACUCAAAGCACUAAUUCUUCUUGUUUGUAGCAUAAUAAUGAUGUAUUUGGAUACAAAUAUGUUGUACCAUCUUAUAAAAAGUCAAUCAGUUAUUAAGUUAUAUAUGUUUUUUAAUAUGUUAGAGAUAGGCGAUCGAUUGUUUUCCUCGUUUGGUCAAGAUGCUAUCGAUUCUUUAUUUUGGACCGCUACUGAACCUAGAGGAAGAAAAAGGGAACAUCUUGGAACGUUACCUCAUCUUGUAUUUGCUAUUAUUUAUGUUGUUCUUCAUGGUGUAUUGGUGCUCUUUCAGGCAACGACAAUUAAUGUUGCUAUUAAUUCAAGAAACAAGGCUUUACUAACUAUAAUGAUGUCAAAUAAUUUUGUAGAACUUAAAGGAAGCGUAUUCAAAAAAUUCAACAAUAACAACCUCUUCCAAGUUUCUUGCAGUGAUGUCAGAGAACGUUUCCACCUUUGUACUCUCCUCUUCAUUGUCAUUCUUCAAACUAUGCGAGAGUACAGCUGGAAAUCUGAACGUUUCUGGGUGAUGGUACCUAAUUGCUUUUGUAUUUUAUUGGCCGAAAUGUUUGUCGAUUGGAUAAAACAUGCCUUUAUCACCAGAUUCAACGAACUUAAUCUUGAUGUGUAUAGAGAUUAUACCACAAGUUUGGCUUAUGAUGUGGCGCAAACCAGGCAAAAGCACGCUUUCUCAGAUCAUUGUGAUCUCGUGGCUAGAAGGAUGGGAUUCAUUCCUUUGCCAUUAGGUGUUGUAACUAUCAGAGUGCUUAUGCACUGUGUAAAAAUUGAAGAUAUUGGAGCUGUUGUCAUUGUCGUUUUGGUGUUUUUUUUCUUGACCACUCUGAAGAUUUUUAACAGCUUGCUGAUUUUGGCGCGAGCUUGUUAUUUGAUAAACCAACAUAAAUUGGAAAAAGCAUCUGCUUCCUUGAAUUCACCUACUAAUAACAGGAAUAAUAAUAGUCCUUUAAUGACAACUAGACCUAGAACUGACUCUGCAACGAGUCCUUUACACCCCAUAGUGGACCAACCAACCAACAAAUCCAUGGUAUUCCAAGAUAUUCCUAUAGAAAAAAUCGACAUUGGAAAAAUUGAACCUCAAAUUCCUACAGAUUUGGGUUCUGCAGCUAUUUUUGCCAAUAGCAAUGUAGACCUCCAAAACGCAACCUUAAAUGACGAACUGUUAAAAGUGGAAGGAGAUGACAUAAAAAUAGAGGCAGCAGGUGAAGACGUUACAAGGAGUUUUCCUGAUAUUAAGAGUGAACUUUCCGAAAAGGGUUUACCACCUGAAAAUAUCGUCGAAGAGUCGUUGAAGAGAUCCGAGUCUGAACCUAAUUUAAAUAAAACAGAGAGUGAGAGUUGAGUACUAAAUGACUUAUUUUUAUACAUUUGAGCCAAAGUAAAUACAUAACAUUAUUUAUUUUU